UCAUGGCAGAAGUAGCUCCAACUCCAGCCGCCGCCGCCCCGGCCAAAGCAGCCAAGAAGAAGGCGGCUUCCAAGCCGAAGAAGGUCGGCCCCAGCGUCAGGGAACUCAUCGUUCAAGCCGUGGCCGCGUCCAAGGAGAGGAGCGGCGUGUCGGCGGCCGCCGUCAAGAAGGCUCUGGCUGCCGGAGGCUACGACGUGGACAAGAACAAGGUCCGCGUCAAGACCGCCAUCAAGACUCUGGUGUUGAAAGGAACUCUGGUCCAGACCAAGGGAAGCGGGGCCUCCGGAUCUUUCAAGAUGAACAAGAAGGUGGAAGUCAAGAAGCCAGCACAGAAGGCCGCUCCUAAAGCCAAGAAGCCCGCCGCCAAGAAACCCGCAGCAGCCAAAAAGCCCAAGGCAGCGGCAGCUAAGAAGCCAGCAGCUGCUAAAAAGUCUCCUAAGAAGGUGAAGAAACCUGCAGCGGCCAAGAAAGUAGCCAAGAGCCCCAAGAAGGUGGCGACCAAGAGCCCCAAGAAGGUGGCGACCAAGAGCCCCAAGAAAGUGGCAGCGAAGAGCCCCAAGAAGGUGGCAGCGAAGAAGGUGGUGAAGAAGGCUCCAGCAGCCAAGAAAUCUCCCGCCAAGAAGGUCGCCAAACCCAAAGUGAAGAAGACAGCAGCCAAGAAGAAGUGAGCUGUCCUCACUGAGACAUGUCCAUCCUGUUCAAAGGCUCUUUUAAGAGCCACACACUUGUGUCCGCUAAGAGCUCAGCCACCUUCUAUUAUUAAUAGUAAUUAUGAUUAUAAUAUAGUAUCAUGUGUGUAUAUAUAAUAGCUGCUAUCUAUAAUAUUCAUUGAAUAUACAGUACAAAGCAUCAUAAUAUUAAUUACAUGUUUUUAGAAGUACAAAGUAGUAGUGAUGGGAAUUCUGGCUGUGGAGAUCUGGCUCUUUUGGCUCCCAAGUGGCUCCUCAUAUUUUGUGUUACUUAAAUUCACUUAUCACCAAAUUUAGUGUAAAAUGAAUAAUUCAUGUAAAAACACAAAAUGCAAUAUAUGUAUACUAUUUAUAUGGCUUUAUUAAUACAUUUAACACAA